CUAAACAAGUAAAAGGUACAAAUUUUCGUUGCAAUGACCUGAAAUCUAAUUAGUUGCCGUCGAUUGAGAGUCACGAGGAUCUAAUAUCAUUGUUACGUAUUAUUCUCUUUUUUGUAAUUUAUUUUCUAAGUCAAAAAUUAAAAUCCUUUUCCAUGUUUAUUAUGAAAAACCGGAGAAAAAGAAACUCAAACUCCUUUUUUGGUAUGCGGCAGAGGAGAAUUCAGAUUUCUUCCGCGCUAGCUUCUUUCCUUUCCCUCUCAACUUUCACUCUGAACCCUAAGAAAACCCAAUCGACUUCCUCAAUCGAUCUCAUACACUGUUGCGUGCAAGUAAGAUUCCAAUCCACAAGAGCUGAGUUCACCGCAUGUAAGUCCUCGACUCCGCAUUCUUCAUCUUCUCCUCCAGCUGAUCAUUUCUUCUGUUUUCAUCUCCUUGAAAUCCUCUGGCAUGUUCGGUUUCUCUUUGUGAAUCAUGUCAAUUUCAUUUUACUGGUGGUUGUAUGCGUUGCCUCCCCCUUUUUGAAUCCAUUUCAGUAGAUUGCUAGGGCCUGAUUAGGGUAAGGAAACGUUAACUUGCAUUCUUUCUCUCAAUGUCUCAUGGGGGGUUUUUGAUUCCAUAGAUGAGUUUUUGAUUCCAGUUGAAUUGAGAGAGUUGAAAUGGAGCUGUGACUAGGGUUCUUAGAACUAAAUUUCAACACUUUUUAUGUCCCCGAUUUGCUAAGCAAGUGGCUUCUGUAAGACGACUAAUAUGGUGAUAGAAUCUCUUGUGCUUCAAUUUCAUAUUUUUUUGUCUUAGAUAUGACUAGGUCUGGUCUGUGCUACAACCUGCAGCUGAUUGUUAGUUGUUACAUUAAGUUCUUCUGAUAGAUAUGGGGCUGAUUUUGGGACGGUAUGGAUGAUUGUAGUGCCGAUGUACGAUUCGCUGAGAUCCUGAACAGAAUACUCAACAAAUAAUUGUGCAAACUUGACAUAUCUUCAUUAGCCUGUUUGCAGGCAUAGAGUUCGAGAUACUAAUAUAGCAUAUGUCAUCUUUUUUUUGCAGGUGUGCUUGUUGUUCAUUGUAUCUUCAUCUUGCAAUUGAGAUAACAACAUACGUGUGAAGGUCAGUCUUACCUUUACGCUUAAUCAGAAUGAAUAGAGAUUGGAUUAAGCUAAGAAAUAGAUUUUGUGAUGAAUAUGUUGCGGGGGUUAAUGAAUUCCUAGGGGUUGCAGAUAAUCAUGUUGAAGCACUUGGUAGGACUAGAUGUCCAUGCAAGAAGUGCAAUAUAUUUAUUUCAAGAACUUAAACUUGGUGAAAACGGAUAUGUUUAAGAACGACAUGGUCAAUACGUAUACUGUGUGGAUUCACCAUGGCGAACCAUAUGAUUUUGGAAGUAGUAGUACCCUAAACUAGCCUCCAAACUCUCCUAUUCAAGCUGAAACUAAAGGGUUCAAUGAUGAUAUCAUUGAAAUGUUAGAAGAUCUGGUCGAGCUGCUGAAAUUUCUUCUACAACAGGGGCUGCAUCAUUGAUCGAUAAUAUGAAUAUACCUACUAAUGCCACUUUGGCUAGGUUAAUAAAAGAUGCUAACUGUCCCUAUAUCCAGAAUGUAAGAAAUUUUCAAAACUUUCUUUUGUCAUGAAAAUGAUGAUAACAAGUUCCUCACCAAUAGGUAUCGUGACACGUUUGAUGGCUCCUAUUGGAAAAUACUAUUGGUUUGAAUUGAGUGAAGUUGACAAGCAACCCAUGUUUGCAAAAUUGGAGGUAAAUUGGUGGAAUUUAGUUUCAUUGAACAACUAUGUCUUACACAUGUGCUUGUCUCUAUUGCAUUAGUAGUUUCAUAUUAACUAUAGACUAAUUUGAACCAUUUUGUAUAAUGUAGAGUGGGUUUGAGUUAGCUGCUACUAAUAAACAUGUAAGGAAGACAUUAGAAGCAAAAAUGCACAGGAGGUUUAGGGAUUACAAGCACCAUUGUCAUACGCACUAUAAGAGCAAAGGGGGUGCUGCCAUUGCUCGACUGAACCCUCCACCUGGUGUGAAACAAGAGGAUUGAGAGCUUUUGUGUAAUCACUUUGAGAGUGAUCGAUUUCUGGUAAAACACUACUUAGUCAUAGACACGUUUGUUUUUCAAUCCAUAUGUGUUUACUGACUUUCACUUUUGUAGAAUCGUAGUAAACAAAAUAUAAUUAAUAAAAGUAAGCAAGGGUCUGCUCGUACCACAGGAGCUAAAUCUCAUGAUCAGAGGGUAUAUGAAAUGGUGAAUAAGAAGAAGAAGCAGGUUCCUGACCAGGCAAGCACGGAAAAUGUGGAGGAGCAGGUUGAUGAAGAGGAUCAGGAGCCCACAGAUAUUACAUUGUAUGCUAGAACAUAUAAGAGGAACGAUGGAAGCUGGACGAGCGAGGAAGCUAAGACAAAUUAUGAGGAGAUGCAAGCUAUUCAGGCCCAUGUAAAGGCAGAUGGGAAAACAUUGUCGAGUCGCAAGAUUGUUGAGAUGGUGCUGAAGAAGAAAGUGAAAUAUGGACCCAAGGAAACAUCCCGUACAGCUCGAGAGAUACAGCUGGAAGCAGGACUGGAAGCAGAAAGAGCUGAAUCGGAAAGAAGAACUAAGGAGUUUGAAGAAAAGAUACAAGGUCAGGAAGAGAAGAUAAUGAUUCAAUAAGAGAAGAUUCAAAACCAAGAGGAGAAGUUACAGAUGCAAGAUGUGUGACACGCUACAACACAUCACCCAACUGCGACCAAGCGUAAUGGCAGUCCGGGAAUGCAGUAAAGUGGCAAGUUCUAAAUAUCAACCCGGGGUCUAGAUCUACUGCCUACUCCGUGAUUAUCUAUUAUCUAGCAAACUAAGGCGAGUGAUUUUUGUUUUAACUAAAAGUAGUAAGAAAGCAGGAAUUGGUUUGGUUUUCUGAAGCAAGGAAGAGUCACUAGGGAAUGAGUCCCCUUAUCUCCUUAGUUAGGUCUCAGUUGUAAUUACCCUGGGUUGAUUUACUGUUGAUUAAAUUGUGGAAGAUCUCACAGUAGCUUGGAAUCUCUUAAGCUGACCAAGCCCUCUCAGCCUAACUACCCGGGAGACGACUAGUCUUCACCUGGAUAGAAAGCUGAAGCAAUAAGUAUAGAACUCCACUACUGGAAUUGGAUUCCAGUACAAAGCAGUAGACUGACUAACUCUCGUAUAGCCAAUCUACUACUACCGAAUGAUGAAGCUCUAACAACCUAAUCAGAUUCUAUCUAUCUCAGGUUGUAGCAGAAAUCAAGAAAAGCUGAUCAGACUUCAAUCAAUUCAAUGAAUCAUGCAUCAUUCGAUUAAAACCAAACAGUAUUGCAAUCCCAAGUCAUUACAAUCAUGAUCCUAACACAUGGAACUAGGGUUCUUCAUACCCAAGUGAGAGAAGGGUUCCUACUCCAUAGAGAGAGAGGAAAAUAGAAAUCAGAGUAGUCAUACUCAUAAAGAUGAGGAAAAUCUACUCUGGGAUGUCAAUCUUCACUCCUAGGGACGCAAUCUUGGCUUCAAUGGUGAGAAAUCCACUCCAAAUAGCUCCUAGGGUUUGUUCUUCACCCUUUCUCUCUCUAAAACUCUGUUUUUGCUAUGAAAAGUCGAUCCCCCCUGUUUUGGCUCGAAUCUGUCUCAAAAACCCGAUUCUGGGCGAAUUACGGGCAGAAUUACGGUCGUAAUCAUGGUCUGCCCGUAAUUGCACAAAACGCGCGUUUCACCUGACUCGAAAGAGAGGAUUUACGGUCAUAAUUUGCCAAUUACCGCCAGUAAUUAUUAAAUACGACCGUAAUUAGAGUGACUCUUGCCCGUAAUUGACUCUGCGACACGAAUUCUAGAAAUUAGGCUCGGCAUUUAAAUUACGGGCAUGCCAGGAAAAUUUACGACCGUAACUGUGCACGGGCUGCCCGUAAUUUUCUCUUUGAAACGCAACCCAACCUCCAAAUGACCCGAAACUUGUGCCUAUGCACCUCUUUACUCGCUAGGACCUGAAAUACGCCAAAACAACACAACCUAGCAUAAAAUAGGCCAAUGAACAACAAAUUCGAGCUAAAAUGGUCAGGAAACAAGGGUGAAAACAUGUGCAAAUACGAUGCUAUCAAAUUCCCCCACACUUAACUGUUUGCUUGUCACCAAGCAAACCAAGCCAGAUACAAGGUAAGCUCGAAAUAUCUCAAUCAUGCAACCCCUUGGGGACAUAUCACAUAUGCAUGAAACACGGGAAUCAUACUGGCUUUCAAACAUCAACACCUGAACAACUUCAACCGCAACCUAGACAACCACCACAGAGGACAUUCGAGUGCAACAAAAUCGAGUAAAGGAGGAGUUUCCCUUCUGUUCACCAACCAACCUAGACUUGACUCAACCACUUAUUAAAGGCAGUCAACUCAUGCAUAAAACUCAAGACAUCAGAAUCAAGACUGAGCCAUCUAGGUCCUCACCGGAGUAAAGAGUGUAAAGAACA